CAUUCUCUAAUCUCGAUUUAAGAUAAAGUAAGCUGCAAAACUCUACACAUUACCAAGUCUCAAACCCCCCCUAAGUACGUUAACUAGUUAACUCAGUCUGGGUUUAUGGACGAUUUAACGAGUUAAAAGUUUGUAAACUGUUCAAGUACCUUUGAGCUUUUGAAGCUUUACUGAGAAGGAUACCUUUUUUCUGAACUUGGAGAUUCUUAAACUUAAACCCACUUCUGUUGAUAAAAAUUCAUUCUAAAAUUGUCUCAACUGAUGUCAAAUUUGGUAUAAGUUUGCUUACAUUGUGUUCAUUUUCACUGGUCCAGCAUCUAGCAUCCCAUUUUAAGUUCUUCCUGUAAAGGUUAGAACUUUGCUAUUUGAUGUUGAAGAUUUGUGUGUCUGGAGAAUCAAGAUGGGGAAGGUGAUUCCUUUGAUUGGGUUACUUUUAUGUUUCAUUUUCUGGUCAGCUAAAGCACAAUUAGACUAUGUCAAGUACAAAGAUCGAAAACAACCGAUAGAUGUACGAAUAAAGGAUUUAAUGGGUCGGAUGACAUUAGAAGAGAAGAUUGGGCAAAUGGUGCAAAUUGAUAGAACUGUUGCAACUGUUGACAUAAUGAAAACUUUUUCAAUAGGAAGUUUAUUGAGUGGUGGUGGGAGUACACCUCUUCCUAAUGCUAGAGCUGAGGAUUGGGUUAAUAUGGUGAAUGAAUAUCAAAAGGGUUCUUUAUCGAGCCGUCUUGGGAUACCUAUGAUUUAUGGAAUUGACGCCGUUCAUGGUCAUAACAACGUUUACAAUGCAACUAUAUUUCCUCACAAUAUUGGACUCGGAUGUACCAGGGAUCCUGAACUUGUGAAGCGAAUUGGUGAUGCAACAGCACUUGAAAUCAGAGCUACUGGGAUUCCAUAUGCCUUCGCACCAUGUAUUGCAGUUUGCAGAGAUCCAAGAUGGGGUCGCUGUUAUGAGAGCUACAGUGAAGAUCAUAAGAUUGUACAACAAAUGACAGAGAUUAUACCCGGUUUACAGGGAGACAUCCCACCUAAUUAUCCGAGCGGGUAUCCUUACGUCGGUGGGAAGACCAAAGUUGCAGCGUGUGCAAAGCAUUUUGUUGGUGAUGGUGGAACACUCAAAGGUGUAAAUGAGGACAAUACAAUAAUCGACCAGAAUGGAUUAUUCAGCAUCCACAUGCCUGCCUACAUCGAUUCUGUUAACAAGGGAGUCUCAACAGUUAUGGUAUCAUACUCGAGUUGGAAUGGGGUGAAAAUGCAUGCUAACCGCAAUCUCAUCACCAACUACCUCAAAAAUCAACUUAACUUUAAGGGUUUUGUAAUCUCGGAUUGGCAAGGAAUUGACAGGAUCACCACACCUGCCCAUUCAAACUACUCAUACUCUGUGGAAGCUGGUGUUCAAGCUGGCAUUGACAUGGUCAUGGUCCCCUUAGAACACGUGGAAUUUAUGAAUGAUCUGACUUUACAAGUCAAAAACAACAUCAUCCCGAUGAGCAGAAUAGAUGAUGCUGUGACGAGGAUUCUGAGAGUCAAAUUCACAAUGGGACUCUUUGAGAACCCUUUAGCUGAUCUCAGUUUGGUUGACCAGCUAGGAAGCCAGGUACACAGAGACUUGGCUAGGGAAUCUGUUAGAAAAUCGCUCGUUCUUUUGAAGAAUGGGAAGUCUGUGGAUAAUCCAAUGCUACCUCUGCCCAAGACAGCAUCCAAGAUCCUUGUUGCUGGAAGCCACGCCGACAAUUUAGGUUACCAGUGUGGUGGAUGGACAAUCCAGUGGCAAGGGUUCAGUGGAAAUAAACUCACAACUGGUACUACUAUUCUAAGUGCCAUCAAAACUGCCGUAGAUCCAAGCACCACUGUGGUUUACCAAGAGAACCCUGAUGCUGCAUAUAUGAAGUCUAAUAACUUCUCGUAUGCUAUUGUGCUGGUGGGUGAACCUCCUUAUGCAGAGACUGCAGGAGACAGCCAGAAGCUUACUAUCCUUGAUCCAGGCCCUGAUACAAUUAAGAAUGUUUGUGGUGCUAUUAAGUGUGUUGUUGUCGUUGUAUCUGGCCGACCUGUUGUACUUGAGCCCUAUGUUUCAUCAAUAGAUGCUCUGGUGGCAGCGUGGCUCCCAGGCAGUGAAAGCCAAGGAGUGACUGAUGUCCUUUUUGGCGAUUAUGGAUUCACGGGAAAACUUUCACGAACAUGGUUCAAAACUGUAGAUCAGCUUCCAAUGAAUUUUGGGGAUGCACACUAUGACCCACUGUUUCCAUUUGGAUACGGGCUCACUACCAGGCCAUUGUUUCAAAGGUUCGAUACAUCAGGAGCCUUACAACAGGCUAUUUGUACUUGUAAGACAAUUUUUGUUUUCAUUAGCUUCUUCCUAACAGGUAUGGCAAUCAUGUAAACCCAAUAAUAACUUUGUAUAAACCUGAGUUUCAGUUAUUUAUAAUGGAUGGUCAUUGGAUGUAUUAAUUGGCGGCGUUCGAGUUUUUAUAUAAAUUAUAUCUUUACAUG